CCAUUACCAACGUGCCGUACGCCUCUGUGGCGAUUCAGAAUUUUAGCUGGCGUUGCUGUGUGCGCAUUUCGUCUGCUGUGGUGAGAAUAACUAGGUGAUACGGGAUGAAGCCGCGGGAGAAGUUUCUCGGCUGCACUGUUGAGAGGAGUCGUUCAGAUGGACCUGGUGCUGGAGCGUCAACAGUCAGGAUCUAUUCCAUGGACUUAGGCGACAAGUUCCGUCUGGUGCUGGCGACGACUCUGAGGGAAGACGGUUACCCUGACGACGGUGAAUACAACCCGGUCGACGAUACUCCGAGCCGCGCCGACAGCUUCGAGUACGUCAUGUACGGCAAGAUCUACCGCAUAGAGGGCGACGAAGGAGCGUCCGGCGACACGUCCAGACU